CCCGCCCGGCGCGGCAGGGCCGGCUGCGGAGGCGGAAGAUGGCCGAGUCGCCGGAGGAGGUGGCGGUGCUGGUGCAGCGGGUGGUAAAGGACAUCCGCAACGCCUUCCAGCGGAACCCCCACAUAGAUGAAAUUGGAUUAAUACCCUGCCCUGAAGCCAGAUAUAACCGGAGCCCUAUCAUCCUGGUGGAAAACAAGCUUGGUGUUGAGAGUUGGUGUGUCAAGUUUCUUUUGCCAUAUGUCCACAAUAAACUUCUCCUCUACAGACAAAGAAAACAAUGGCUGAACAAAGAUGAGCUGAUAGAUAUCACGUGUACCCUGCUGCUGCUGAAUCCUGACUUCACUACUGCUUGGAACGUGAGGAAAGAAUUAAUACUGUCUGGCACUUUAAAUCCACUUAAAGAUUUGCAUCUUGGAAAACUGGCGUUAACCAAGUUUCCAAAGAGUCCAGAAACAUGGAUUCAUAGACGAUGGGUGCUGCAACAACUAAUUCAGGAAAACUCCUUGCCCAGUCCUGUGACUAAAGGAAACUUGGGAGCAGCACCUGUGGAGAGAAUUCACCGACUAGUGCAGGAGGAAAUGAAUGUCUGCUCUGAAGCUGCUGGGAGAUAUCCAAGCAACUACAAUGCCUGGUCCCAUCGCAUCUGGGUUUUACAGCAUUUGGGAAACCUGACUGUCAAGAUUCUCCUUGAUGAACUUUCAUCCACUAAAUAUUGGGUGUCCAUGCAUGUUUCUGACCAUAGUGGAUUUCACUACCGCCAGUUUUUACUCAAGUCCUUGAUAGGCAGAACUGUGACUGACAAUAAUGUACUGGUACUAAAUCAAAUGGUAAAUGAGCAAAACCCUAGCCUUGAAAAGGAGGAGAGUGCAGGGGCAGAAGCCGCCUUUGUGGAGGAGCAGAGUGUGGAUCUCCCCCGCUGUUUAGAGGAAGAGCUGGAGCUCUGCACUGAACUGAUUGAUAAUUACCCUGGGCAUGAAACGCUGUGGUGUCAUAGAAGGCGUGUGUUCUACCUUCAGCACCACCUAAGCAACAAACUUCCUCUUCUGAGUGCGGUGCUACCAUCUGUGAACAACCGUGAUGAAACUCUGAAUAAUUCCCACCACAGUCCUGCAACAAGUCACAUGGUACAACCUAUGGAUGUCGAUGGUUCAAAUGAAUCCAGCAGCAAACAAGGUUAUACCCAAGUAACAAAACGCCUGAAGCGUGCUCCUCUGCAGGACUCUCUUGGUCCAGAGAUGGAAUACAGGUUCAUUGAUAAAGUAUUAACAACCUGUAGGGAUGUGGACCAAGCCAGGUUUGCUACUGCUUAUAGGAAAUGGUUAGUUACUUUUUUAGGUCAGUGAAAGAAGAGUUUAAAACCUUCAGGGGUUCUUCUUGUAGUGCAAUACUCUCUUUUCAGACACAAGUGCAUGUCUUGGUUGCAAGUGUUAGCUAACCAUGUGUUUCUCACUCUUAAUGGUCAGUCCUAAAGUUCAUAUUCAGAGUAGAAGUCUGUCAUUUUAUUUAUUAAAGAACUGGCAUACCUUUUUAGUAAGCAAAUGCAGUUUGUUCUUUAAUCUUUUUAAGAAAUCACUCUGUGUCAGCUUCCUACUAUGCCAUUUUCUUAUUUUUAUAAACUGCUGCAUUAAGGUGGACUCUGAAUCAUUUGGCUUAAAAAAAAAAAGUCUGAAAUGCUUUCGAAGGAGAGUGGAAAAAGAAUAGGAGGAUCUGUUAGUAUCAGCUAAACCUGUUUCCAGGUUAUUCCUCUUUACUAUAGUGGCAUCUUCCUAAUACCUUAUUGGUUUCAGACAAUAUUUGGUGAGUGCUAUUACUUUUGUAUUAGCCACUUGUGUUAGGACACCAGACUGCAGUGUUUCUUUCUCAAGACUCCAGUCACAUGGAGCCAUGCCUUUUACUAUUGUAACUGGGGUUUUGUUUGCUGAUUAGUUGUCACAUGAGUUUGAUAGGGAAGUCUAUGAAGUCAAAAAUCCUGAAAAGCAGAUACAGGAAAAUGUGACAGAAAAUAGUUCAAACACACAUUCACAGUCACAGUCAGAGCUAUAUUUGGAAAUACUUUUCUUAGAACAGACUACCUUCAUUUCCUACUUGGUAUUUAUUUAUUUAUUUUAUCUCAACAAUCCAAAAUUAAUGACACUUGAUACACAUUUCUGAAUGUAUUAUGUACACUACAGAAUCUCAGCCUGCUAAAUCACACAUUGGUAACUUGUACUUAACCAAGACCAUGCAAGUCCAAUAGAUGAUGGAGUAAUAAGUAUUUCUUCUGACUGGUCAUUGAGACUAUACAAUUUAAAAAAAAAAAAAGGCGGGAGCUAUCUCUUCACUUUUGCUCUUUUGCAGAGCUUCAAUCUUUGGUGGUUGGUUUGGUUUUUUUUCCUUUUGACUCUUCUUUAAGAGCACUUCUCCAGCCGUACUUCUCUGUUUACAUAACUGUAAAUUUUAAGGGAAUUUGAAACACAUUUCUAUUCCAUUGAAAUCAGACGUGAAUGGUUUAUUUUGUCAUUUCCUUAGAACUUGUCUAUAUAAGGGAUUUUUUACACUAAUGGAAUUGUGCUGGUCCAAAGACCCAGGGGAAAAAUAUUGUACAACUGUAGAAGAAGUUUGUACAAUGGCAACGUCGCCUCUGUUCGAAACAGACUAUUCACUAAGGGGAUUAGAUUUUCAAGCUAGAGUCUUCGCCAAAAUUGCUGUAUAUUUCUCCUGCCCAAAGUGCCUCCUGACUGUGAUAAGUUUCAAGCUGCUAUUUUGUUGGGCAGAGAGCAACAAUGAGGGAGGAAAAAACCCAAACAGGUAGCCUGCUCAAAAGGUAACAUUUGGAAAGAAAAAAGGCACUUGAAACAUGUGGAAUUCCAACAGUUCUAAAUAAUUUGAUGUAUGGGGGUUACUUUUGCAUUUCAAAAUGAAAAUAGAUCACCUCUGGUCUUAGUAUGUUCAUAACUCAUUUCAGGCACAGAGUAGCUAACAGACAUUUCUAAAUGUAUACUCUUCUGUUCACAGUAGUGAGAUAAGACUGACCUAGGCUUGAGCAUCUCCAUGGCAAAGCUUUGCUUCAGUGGGCAUCCACACCUGCCUUUCUAUUGCUAGAGACAUAUUAUGUGGCCAUUUGUUUUGAGGUGCUUUGGGAUGCUGUCUUUGGCGGUUUUAGUUGCAGAAGAACAUGAUUGAUGUGUGAAGGAAGUGUGGGAAUGGCUCUAAGCAUAAUUUUGUCAAAAGAUGUUAUCUCUCUGACCACUGAGAAAUGGGUAGGUUCAGGUACUAACUGGAGUCUGAGCUUAAGAACUUUUACCCAUCCCAGAGGAGCUGAUGUUUUUUGAGUAUGAAAGAUGCAUUAAAGCAUGGUGUAGUAGCCUGGGUCAGCUUGAUUAACAAUAUCCCAUUAAUGACUAGAAUGAACCUGGAAAGUGUGAAGUCAGCCGGCAAUCUAUUAAGGAUCACAUUCUUGGUCCCAGAUUAGUUAGUUAAUAACAUAGUUGUGUGUUCUGUUUCUGUGUGGCAAAAAGUACUUGUUCAUGGGAAGAAUAUUAGUAGCAGGAGCAGACUGGGAAGUGGGAGUGUGAUAAGAAAUAUUUCUUGAACUGUGGAAAGGAAGAGAUGUUCUCUUCUUGCACUGGAACGAUUGGAGUUUUUAGAAGAAAAUAUUUUUAUUAGAAUCUGACUUGAAACCUAUUACAUAUUUCUUCCAGACUAUAAUCUGGAGUCUUAGUUGGCUUUCUUAGAGCUCUGUUGUGGAAGUACUGUGCUAUUGAAUUUGACAAUCUUUCAAUCAUAAGCACUUAAGAUCAAACAGCUGCCCUCAUAUUACAUAUGUGCAGUUCCUAUUCAUGUCAGCAUGAGUUACGUGUGCUUGUAAGAAGACAAGAUUUGGUCCUAUGUAACUGAACAGAGUUGCAUUGUAUUUUCAUACUUGGAAAACAUUGAGAGCUCUGAUUAGAGAUGGUGCUGAUAUUUUUACUUGUACAAAACACUGAUGGCUCUAGUAUGACUCUUUAAGUGUAGGUUUUUGAAGCCUACACCCGAUAGAAAUACUUCCCCCCACACCUUUUUUUUUUAAUCCACUGAGAAUAGUUACAUUUAGAAAUGUUUGCAGACCAGACUCUGCCACAGAGAAAACUGAACAAUAAAAGUGAAACAAGUUGUAUCUUCUUCUUUGAAAGAAAUGGCAACAAUAAGCUGUCAAAAUCAAGCUUUAAUUUUUUCAUGGUAACAAUAUAAAUUAUAUGAAAGAAGGAAAUACAUGACUAAGUUACUUCAACCCAUCAAUGUCCUGAAGCCUCUUACAUUAAAUAAUUGAAGAGAUACUUCCAACAAAUUACAUUAAGCUCACAAAUGUGUGAUGUUCUGUAACUAUGAUCUUUGGAACAUACCUGUCUAACCAUUUGAUAUUACUGCAGAGUCCUAUUUGGGCACUGUUUGAAAAAGAAGAGAGGCUUCAGGGCCUUGGUAGUUAACCAAGGUAUAAAGGUUACUGAGUACAACUACUUUAAGUAAUGUAUUUUAGUCAUUUUGUGUUUCAGAGGUCAGAGAAUUGUAAUGUAGUCAAUGAACAUUCUUGUGGAGAAAAUGUCCAACAGAAGCUGCAGAAUAAAAGGCUCUCACUCUCUGAAGUUCCUUCAAAUACAAAAUCAAACUUUGUACUUCUGUAAAGUCUUCAUAUAAAGUUCAGCAUCUUUACUGAUUUUUAUCUUCUGCUGUAGUAUGUGUCAUUUGAAUUGAUGCAAAUUCUUUUUGUUCACUUGAUUAGUCUUUGUAGAAAUUUCUUUGUGCUAGAAACAAAAGGUUUUGAGGAGCAAAUGUAAUUUGAAACUACAGAAAUUAGAAUAGAAGGAAUCACAUUCUUAAGGGGUUGAAUUCUCUGCUGCUAAAUACAUUAACUGUUUUUUCAUUGACAUUCAGUUUAUCUUGUGUGUUACUGUCACUGGAGCAACACAUGCAGCAUUAAAGAUAGCUACAAUAACAAACUUGUAUAAAGUUAUUAUUGGAAUGCUUUGCUAUAGCUGCUCUGAUUAAUACUUGUUAAUCUACUCAUGCCUGCAUAUUAGUGUUUUGUUGACUUCUUACAUAUUCUUUAUACAAUCAAUUUUUGUGUCAUUUAAAUAGGGGGAAAAUAAAUUGUCAGUUUAUACAGUUUGAUUAAUUACCUUAUAUAGAACUUUGUUUUAAGACAAAUAUGCAAAGUAGUAAUACAGUGAGAAAGCUUAGAUUCUGUCUUAUAAUCAAAAUUUCUGGCAUUUCCAGUUUUGUGUUAGCGCUGCUUAAUUAGAAUGUGUAGCUAGUCUUUAUGCACAGGAGUGAGAUUGUUCCUAAGUAGAUAAUUAACAAAUUUUUAAAGCAGUACUGUAUAAUGUGGAUGAGCAGAAAUGAAGGGUUUUUGAAAGGCUUGCUGCAUAGCCAGACUCAACUAGCGUACUUUUUCAGAAUAACAUAUAAUAGAAUGAACAAAAUGUGACUACCAGGAGAAUAAUUUAAGUGGCAAGUCUUCAGAGAUUUGAUGAUUAAAUUUUUGGCCAAGGUUGUUAGCUUACUUUUGUUUUGCCUUCUGUGAGGGAAGAAUGUUCCUUAGGUUUUUGGGGUUUUUGGGGGUUUUUUUUUGUAAUUUAGUAGUAAGUGAGCUGUUGCACUUAUAGCCGGGGGUGGGGGGGGACACGACACAUGGACCCUCACAAUUCCCGAGUUGUAUCUUCUAGAGCAAUUUUGGAAGAAGAAGCAGUGAAGUGAAAUGUAGAUGUGACUUUUAAAUUGCAUGUUUGUCCUGUACUCAUUUGGUGACAAGAGGUCUUUACAGUUAGAUCUUACUGUUUUAUUAAUGUCAGAUAUAAAGGAAAGACAGUAACUCACCUAUUCUGAAAUGCACUUAACAUUGAAAUCAGUUUCAAAGGAAGUUCAGGGUCCCUGUCUAAGAUUAUUUUCCCUUCCUCCCCCCCGCCCAUGUGCUCAGAGGUGUGUUUCCUUCCCAACCUCUUCUCUGUUCUUCCAGCCAGCAAAGAAGAAUGUAGCAAAGCAUUGGUGAGGUGGCCUCAUUUUGUGUUUAAAUAACUCUGACUACCUCCCCAAAGUGCUCUGAUUGAUGUCCUUAAGUGGAGUUCAUCAGGAUCAUUUUUUUUGGAACCUCAUGCUAGGCCUGCAUCCUCUUUCAGAGGUGAAAAGCAAGAGCUUUAUCUAUGAAGCCAUCAGUUUCCCCAGGAGAGUUUAAAGGAGAAAAGGAAAAAAAAAAAAGUAAAAAUCAUCUUGUAGUUUGUAGUUAAAGUUGGGAAAACUACAAUUAGUGUAAACUUUCAUGAGUCUUCCUCUGAAGAAGCAAUGUAUUGCUGAAAAAUGGAGGAAAUAUGUGCUUCCAAGAAAUUCCUUGUAGAGAGUUUAUGCUUUUGAAUUAUAGACCUGACACUUUCUAGUGGCUUUUACUCAGCGAGUAGUGUAACUUCUCAGGGCAUAGUCUAUUGUAGUGAAUUAGGGUACAUUUUUACAGUUUAUAAUUACUGAUUUUAAAAAAAAAAAAAGCUAAACGUGUAAUAACUGGCUUUUAAAUUUUUUUUGUCUAGCAUAGUGUUUUAUAUCUACCCACAAGCUAAUACUGUACCUAAUGAUUCACACUAGACCUUACCAUCUCAUCUGCAUCAUAUUGUUAUUCUAUGUCUUAAAUUGCUGUUGCAGUCUUGUAGGAAGCUCCUGACAGUUGCUGGGUUUCUUCUCUGAGUUCCCUAGUACUAUUCAGUAAGAUAUUAAGUAUCUCACAAAGACAUAUGCUGUAAUGAUGGGGAAGCUUUUUACAGUAGCUGUGUUGAUGCACUAUGUAUCUUAGAUCUAUUUUUUUAAAAAACUUUUGUUAGGAGUCUGAUUACUUGCAAAAGCUUUUAGUUGUAGAUAGCUGGCAGACACUUACGUACAAUGCAACUAUUCUGAAAAGCAGAACUCUGAACUGAAGACUAGUUUAUUAAGCGUCUUUAUCUGCACCAUCUGGAACCUGCUGUUAAUCCUACUGUAUAGAUGGAGGUGGGGAGAAACCACGUGGGGGGGGUGCAUAUUUUCUUCAUGGGACAGUUUCUGAACAGAAUAUAAUUAUGGUGAAACAAAGAACUUUUCUUGGAUGAGGAAUUCCUGUAAAUUCGUUGUGAAUAAAAUUAUUAAAUUGGUACAUCAUUAAUACAGUAAGAUUUCCUGAAUGGCUGCAUAGAAUGAGUAGCUAAUUAUUUUUUUUUAAUAGAGUAUUGCCUGUUAUUGAAAAAUCACGUAAAUGAUACAAGGUACCAGAACUUGUUUUUACAAGACAAAAUACAUUUAUACCUACUGUGUUCAUUCCUUUUUGUUCCAGUUUUUGUGUUUUGAAGUGGCUACAUUUAAAACUGGAUAGUCAUCUUGUAAAGUGGGCUUGGGAAUAUCAUCUUUAAGGUUAUGUAAUAGAAAUAGUAGAUGUCUUAAAUGGUUUUAAGUAGCAUUAAGAGCCACGGUAGUGACAGCACUACAGUGUUUAAGUGAGCCAUUAAACACUGAUUUUUGUAACACCGAGGUACAUGGAAAAAUAUUUAAUUCUCAUAGCUUUCAUAUUAGGCAGAAAUACAGUUGGUUUUAAACAUAGUAUUUUGCAAUAUUUUUUUCUAUGAAAAAUUCUCAGACACAUAGUUGUGACCAUUGUAAAUUUAUGUAGACUUCCAAUGCAGAUAAAUGUUAAGUUUUGUAGCAGAAAGAAUAAAAUGAUGACAGGACAGUAAGACACUGGAAAGUAGUCUGAUAAAUGACCAAUGUUCUACAGGACAGUGAAUGUAAAGCAUUGUUUGUUUUUCACUGGUCUUACUUUGUCACAGGAUUAAUUCCUUUCAGAGGGGGAUUGUUUUUUCUUUUUUUAUCAAUGUGAAUAAAUUAUCUAUAUUUAUUCUCCCACAAUAAGUGUGCAUGUAUGCAUGGGUGGAUGGAUGGAUGGCAGAACUGUAUUUAUGUAACGUCCCGUGAAAAAGGCAAAAAAUAGCCAUAUGCAGGAGAUUUUUAUGUAACACUGGUGAUCUGUGAAGAGAACUCUUCCAUGGAAGCCCUGUCCUAAGUCUGAGUCUAGCAGGAUCAUUGCUAAUGUCAGGGGUUUUGCUGAAAGCACUGAGACUCUGUGCUUCCCCUCUCUGGCUUAGUCUGCCUUACUUUCAUGAUCCUCGGGCAAAUAUAUGCAUACACAAACCAAAUUAUUAGUGGUGGUUUAUUCCAAGUACUUGUAGGGAGUGUUUGAGACAGCGAGAGGGUUUGUGAAGUUCUGCAAGCUGGGAGAGCUGGGAGGUGCUCAGCCAGUGUCCUACCUGAGGGAUACCUUUCAGGAGUCCUCCAGGAAGGAAGACAGGCAUAUUUUGGGUGAAGUGCUUUAGAGUCAUGAGAGGCUGGGAAAAGUAUGCCAGACACAAACUAGCAACUGAAAUUGGUAUUUGAAUACAAACAACAAGUAGUCUUCAGUACUUUAUUUUCAAUAUUUUUCUCAUGUUCUUUUUAUAAAAAUGAAUCACAUAAAAAAUAUUUUCAAAAUUACUAAUAAUUUUUAAUGCCUUCUGAUUUUGAAUUAUUGGAUUUGAAAGCUAUCCUUGAAGGGCUUAAUUUUAUUGGAAAAUACUAGCACAUUUCCUCUCUCCUAGACAAAGUAAUUCAUUCCAAAUGUUCUAAAAUGAGCAUGUAAAAUCACAGGGCAUUACUGAAAAUAUAGCUCAUCAUCUUAAAUGCAAAACUGAAAGCAAAACUGAAAGACAUGUUCUGCUCAUACAGGUUCAGGGUUUUUUUCAUUUUAUCUUAGCUGCUAGGGCACAAAGUUGUAGGGAAAUUUGUAGGGAAGCCCUGAGUAGAUAUGUGCAAUCUUGAUUUACUUAAUUGAGGGGGGAGUUCAUUAAAUCAGAAAGCUUAGUAUGAGCAAGUAAUAAACCCUCCAGGGUCCUUGUACAGAAAUAAUUUGCAGGAUCUGGUUAUUAGUUUGUUUCUGAUCUGAGUGCUUGAUUUUUACAUCUGUUAAAAUGAGUGACAAAAUUCCCACUGACGUAGCUGACAGGAUCAGGCCAUGCUGUGGAGACGUAGCUUUGACAUUUGUAGUGUGAUGGGUUGUAAGUGACUGCUUUGUCUUUUGCAAAUGGUCGUGUUUAUGACUUCAAGGGAAAAAGCAGUUGGGGUAGUGUAUUUUCAUUAGCACUGUGGUUGAGGAGGAACUAAGGUUGUGGAAUAUUACAGGUUUGAAAGGACAGCUGGAGAGAAAUAUGGGUACUACGGGGUAUCAAUAGCUUCCUUUUUUUCCCCUCCUUCUUUCCUUCCUCCUUGCCCUCCUCCACCUGCUUUUUUUUUUUUUUGCCUCUUUCCUUUUUUUUUCCCCUCUUGUAGUGGAAAAAAGUUUCAUACAAUAUACCUGUGUGCAAACCAGGGUAACACACUAGUUUGGGAGGUAUUGCCUAUCAAUAGCAUAUAGGUCAAUGCCUGAGUUUUAUGCAAGAUAUUUAGGGAUGAAUAGUAAGCUUUUAUGGGCCAUGUGAUAAUAGAUGCAAUAUUGAAAGGAGAAAGUCUUAAUAAAUAGUGAAUGGCUUAAGUUUUACUGUUCUCCAAGCGUGCUAUAUACUUUAUGGUACAACAAAAAACUGCACGUUUGCCACCUUGUCAUCUCACAAAUGCUUAUAGCUAGGUAACAGCUGAUUUCGUUUUUUAAAUGCAUCUACUUAAUGUUGAUUUGAGAUAUUCUACAAUUAUUUUUUGAUAUGAAGUACUAGAUAAUUUUCUCCACACCUUUAAUCCAUCUUCAGCGGAACCUAGCCAGGUAUAGAUUUUCAUGGUUAUAAAUCUAGUUUUGCUGUGAAGGGAAGUUGAAAUUCUGCCAUAUAAAAUAUUUGGUUUUCAGAUGUCUAGUUAGAAACAUAGGAGGGCAUCCUAGCACUGCUUUCCAGUUGUGCACACUGAGUUUUACCUUGUUUAUCUCAAAUAUUUUGUAUUGCAUGUUAAUGAAACUUUUACAUACCCUAUUAGUACAAAAUAUAUUUUAAAAAAAAAAAAAAGAGCACCCCAUCAGUCCUAACUAUUCCAUGCAGAUUUCUUCCAGACUUCACAGGUACAAUUUUAGUGGUGGUGGUUGGUAAAUAGAUAUCUUUUUUUUUUCCCCACUUAUUUAUCAUCAGAUUUGGUUUUAUAUGUAUUAGUGACAGAAUGGACUAAGCACAGCUGUAAGUUAUUGUAUUUCUGUAGAAAAUGCAAAACAGUGUAAAAUGGUUUUUGUUAAAUGUUGGCAGUUUUUAAAUAAACUUUUCG